AACGUUAGUAGUUAUCCCACAGAUAGACAAGUAACGUUAUGUUUCUCAAACUAAGCUGAAGAAGUGAAGAGCUUGCGAGCGCAUUAUCUACUGUUUUACCAUUGAUAAUAUACACUUCCUUUUGUAGUACGUUUAGUUGAAUAAUGAAACACACUUCCUUUUGUAGUACGUUUAGUUGAAUAAUGAAACGUUAUUACUGUUUUUUUUAACGAUAGCCACCUCCUGCGGCUGCGUUCUUGAGCUGUCAAGAACAGAGGGGUCACAGAUUCGACUCCGGCGUCGAGACAAGUCAACUCGUCCCAAAUGAAGAACUAAUGAUCAGGAGGCAACUUUCCAACUGGAUGCUAAAGAUGCAUAUAAUUCUACACGAAGAUUUUCACAUCCAUUUUUGUAUUUACUUUUGGUACAUUUUAUGCGCACCAGUUGCGUUCUAGAGGUUAGCUUUGUGUUAAGUUUUACAAGGCAUUUUCACUCCAUGCUCGGGCGACGGGAUGGAAGUUCAGCGGUAUCGGCCUUAAAAAGUGAGACUGGGAUCUCUUGAGGAUUUGAUUCUGGUGUGAAGUUAUGACAAUGACUGGAUCAAUGGAAAAUUCUUUCAAACAAGCUUUAAAGAAACCUCCAUCACUACGGACAGCAGAGGACUUGCACACUAUUUACUGUCACUUCUACCACAUGGAUGUCCUGUCCCACCUCAGGGAGCACCAGCUCAGGUCAAUGAGUACCUCAGCCAGGUAUGAGAGACACGAAGCUAACCACAUCCUGUUCUACCCAGACAGCAUCUCCACAUGCUGGUACACCCUCCUGUCCGGUUCAGUUAUCCUCAAGGACCACAUGUACUUGGCCAGAUGCUGCUUUGGCAAGCAGCUGGGGGGCAGACGAGGCUGUGAAUGUAUCACUUUAGAGCCCUCAGAAAUGAUCGUGGUGGACAAUGCCAGCGAGGGUGAGGGGGCACUGCAGAGGGAGGUGUCCCAGAGACGUUCCCGCCGGCGCUUUCGCAAAGUCAACCCCCGGGGAGAGCGGGAACUGAUCACUGACGGCCAGGACCCCACGCUUCCUGGAGACCUAAAUAAGAUGCACCUUACAGACCAACCCCACAGCCAGGGGAGCCACGUGCCGCCCAGCCAAUCCGGAUGCAGUAUCACCAGCGACUCGGGGAGCAGUAGCCUUUCAGACAUCUACCAGGCUACAGAGAGUGAAAUGGGUGACGUGGACCUAUCCGGGCUCCCGGAGGCAGCGGUGGACUCUGAGGAGGAGGAGGAUGAAGACCUGGAGAGGACGUCAGACACCCUGAUUGGUAGAGACCUGGUCAGGGAGUGUCUGGAGAAAGACCCGGUGGACCGCAACGAUGAUGACAUUGAACAACUGUUGGAGUUCAUGCACCAGCUGCCAGCCUUUGCCAACAUGACCAUGUCGGUGCGAAGGGACCUGUGUACUGUCAUGGUGUUUGAGGUGGUGGAGCAGGCGGGGACCGUCGUCCUACAGGACAAACAGGAGCUGGACCUGUGGUAUGUGAUCCUGAACGGGGGGGUGGAGAUCGGCCACCCAGACAGCCGCAUGGAGACCCUCUGCAUGGGCAACAGCUUCGGCAUCUCCCCCUCCCUGGACAAGCAGUACAUGAGCGGAGUGGUGCGCACCAAGGGGGACGACUGCCAGUUUGUGUGCAUCGCCCAAGAGGACUACUGGCGGAUCCUCAACCAUGUGGAGAAGAACACACACAAGGUGGAGGAGGAGGGAGAGAUCGUCAUGGUGAAGGAACAUCGCGAGCUGGACCGCAGCGGCACCAGGAAGGGACAUAUUGUCAUCAAGGGCACCCCACAGCGUCUGAUCAUGCACCUGGUGGAGGAGCCGUCCGUGGUGGACCCCACCUACAUUGAAGACUUCCUCCUCACCUACCGCACCUUCCUCUCCAGCCCCAUGGAGGUUGGCAAGAAGCUGCUGGAGUGGUUCAAAGUCGACAGCCUCAGAGACACGGUGACACGGAUAGUGCUGUUAUGGGUGAACAAUCAUUUCAACGACUUUGAAGGUGACCCGGCCAUGACGCAGUUCCUGGAAGACUUUGAAAAGCUGCUGGAAACCACAAAAAUGAAGGGUCACCUGCGGCUGCUGAACAUAGCGUGUGCAGCCAAGGCCAAGUGGAGGCAGAUCACCCUGCAGAAACCUUCCAGGGAGUCCCCGCUCUACUUCAGCCUGCAUGGCGGCAGCGAGAGGGGCUUCGGCAUCUUCGUGGAGUCGGUGGAUGAGGGCAGCAAGGCCGCCGAGGCAGGACUCAAACGGGGAGACCAGAUUAUGGAGAUCAAUGGUCAGAACUUUGAGAACAUCUCCUACGUCAAAGCUAUGGACUUCCUGAGGACCAACACACACCUUUCCCUCACAGUCAAGACCAACAUCUUCGUGUUCAAAGAGCUGCUGAGCCGGAUCGUACACGAGAAGAUGAACAGGGGUCCCCACAUCCCAAAGAUCCAGGAGAAGAAGGGUAACCGCUUCUCUAUCCCAGACCUGCCUGGAGACAUGGAGUUCCCCACAGACCAUAAGGCCACCAAGAAGAUGAAGGCCAACACAGUGUCUGGAGGACGGAACAAGAUCAGGAAGAUGCUGGAGAAGACCCGCUUCAGCAUCCUACCACCCAAACCCUUCAGUGAUGGCGGCGUGGGCCAGUCUCAGGAUGACAGCAUUGUGGGCACUAAGCAGUGUAGGCACAGCGUGGCCAUCAUGCCCAUCCCUGGCAGCAGCAUGUCAUCCAGCAGUCCUGAUCUGCUACAGCCAGCCACCAGUGUGCUGGACUUCUCCAACACAGCAGCCGUGGGCUUUCACUACAUUCCAGACCAGGUGAUCCGGGUGUUCAAGGCUGACCAGCAGAGCUGUUACAUUAUCAUCAGUAAGGACACCACGGCCAAGGACGUGGUCAGUCAUGUGGUCAACGAGUUUGGCCUUAUCGCAGCCCCGGAGACCUACUCCCUCUGUGAGGUGUCUGUCAGUCCCGAUGGCGUCCUCAAACAACGCAGGCUACCUGACCAGCUCUCUAAGCUGGCUGACCGCAUCCAGCUCAAUGGCAGGUACUACCUGAAGAACAACAUGGAGACGGAGACGCUGUGUUCAGACGAUGACGCCCAGGAGCUGCUGAAGGAGAGUCACAUCACCCUGCUCCAGCUCAGCACCGUGGAGGUGGCCGCCCAGCUCUCCAUGAGGGACUUUGAGCUGUUCCGUAACAUUGAGUCCACUCAGUACAUAGAUGACCUCUUCAAGCUGCUGGACUCCUCGGGGGGGCUCCAACAGACACACCUCAAGCAGUUUGAGGAAGUCAUCAACCAGGAGACCUUCUGGGUCGCCACGGAGAUCCUGAGAGAGCCCAACACCAUGAAGAGGAUGAAGACCAUCAAACACUUUAUUAAGAUCGCCCUGCACUGUAGAGAGUGCAAGAACUUCAACUCCAUGUUCGCCAUCAUCAGUGGUCUGAAUCUGGCUCCAAUAGCUCGUCUCAGGUCGUCGUGGGAGAAGCUUCCCAGUAAGUACGAUAAGCUGUUCCAGGACCUGCAGGACAUCUUUGACCCAUCCAGGAACAUGGCCAAGUACCGCAAUGUCCUGAGCAGCCAGAGCAUGCAGCCUCCCAUCAUCCCCCUGUUCCCUGUCGUCAAGAAGGACCUCACCUUCCUACAUGAAGGUAAUGACUCUCACGUAGACGGCCUGGUGAAUUUUGAAAAGCUAAGGAUGAUUGCUAAGGAGAUCCGUCAUGUGGUCCGUAUGACCUCCGCCAACAUGGACCCAGCUCUCAUGUUUAGACAGAGGAAGAAGAGGUGGAAGAGUUUAGGGUCUCUGAGUCAGAGCAGCACCAACUCCAACAUGUUAGACGUACAGGGCGGGGCCCAUAAGAAGCGUGUGCGUCGCAGCUCGCUGCUCAACGCUAAGAAGCUGUACGAGGAUGCUCAGAUGGCCCGUAAGGUCAAGCAGUACCUGUCCAACCUGGCGGUGGAGACGGACGAGGAGAAACACCAGACCAUGUCUCUACAGUGUGAGCCUACCUACAGCACCUUGUCCAAGAACUUGAGUGAGCGACGGUCCAACAAGUCGGACAUGUCUCCAGUGUCGCUGCGCUCGCCGCUGCACGGGGGGAAGACCCAGAACCGCGUGUCUCAGGUGCUCCAGGUCCAGGUACCCCUCUACCCCCUACGGAAGAAGAGCACGGCCAAAGACAUUCACAGCGCACACAACUCCAGCUCUCCCCAGGUGAUAAAGAAGCAUCCCAGCUCCCAGCUCAGCCAAUCAGAGGACAGUACCUGUUUUGGGAAGAGGCCUGCUGAAGACGCUGUGUCCACCGUUUCCUCCCUGCAUUCCAGCCCCACUGUAUCGCCACAGGGCUCCCCUCGCAAAGGUCUACACCCUGGCUACCUCACAUUACCUCUCACUACAGCAUCUUCUACAAUCCAUUCAUCCAUCUCACAACUCAUACCCAUAACUCAGAACCAAGCAUUCCCAUUCUUCAUCAAAGUGGGAGGCGUGGUCAACCCCCAGCAUAACACCAACAGCCAGAUGAACCGGUCUGGCUCGUCGUCCUCUCUGACCAGCGAGGCCAGCACCAAGGCAGGCAGCCGCAGCUACGGCAUAGGCUAUGCCCUGAUGCCUGCAGGGAAGUCAGACAACCUGUCUGACUCCAGCCACAGUGAGAUCUCGUCCCGCUCCAGCAUCGUCAGUAACUGCUCAGUGGACUCCAUGCCUGCUGGUCCUGCAGAGGAGCGCCAUGGCAUCAAGACCAGGGAUACCACAGAGACCCCAGGCACCACCACGCAACUCACACAUGCCAACUCUGACUGCAGCCAGCCCAGCACCAGUUUGUCUUUGGCGCGGGGCCAGGUGACGCGGGGCUCCACCUUCACCUCCUCGACCUCCACAGAGGAACUGGCCCCCGACCACGCUUCCCUGGACAGCGUGGUCGACAGCGGGCGGGGAAGCUGGACCUCCUGCUCCUCCAACUCCCAUGACAGCUUCCAGAGCCUGCCUGUCCCCCUUCUAGGCCUGGGCCGACCCCCUGCCUGGGACCACCUGGCGCCUGGGGGCUUCCGCCACACCCAGCUAGCAGGGCCUAUAGCAGAGGUGGAGGCUGGGCCAGCCGGGGAGGGGGUAGUGGGAGCACCAGGGGCGGGGUCCAGGGGAGGAGAGGAUGCCAAGAGGCUCUCCAGAGACAGUUCAGAGCUCAACCAAUCACGGCAGAGCUGGGCCUCGUCAUCCUCGCUGUCUGACACAUAUGAGGGGAACUACGGCACCAUCAAACGCCGCACUGCAGACGGUGCCUCAGACGCCACUUGGGAGGGGCACGACGCACCCCAAAGCACAGCCCCCAUCUACAAAACGGUCACUUCAAGCACCGAGAAAGGCCUCAUAGUGUAUUGUGUAACCUCUCCCACCAAGGACGAUAGGUACAGGGGGCCUCCCCCCACCCCUCCAGGUUACCAGGGCCUCACCCUGGUUAACGGACUGGAUGGAGCUCCUCCUCGGCUCCCCCACUUGCGGCCACCCGACUAUAGCGUGGCCCUGCAGAGGUCGAAGCUGCUACAGAGCCCCGGAGGCCUGGUGGAGCCCCGGAGCCUGGGUGUGAACCACCACCACGAAUCCCAGGGCCAGUCCAGGCCAGGCAGCGUCUGCCUACAGGGUAUGGAGGAUAGUGAGGAUGGUAUGUGGAGAAAGACGGAGACCAGCCCCAGCCAGGGACAACAUGGAGGACCAUAGCACCAGGCAGGCCAUGUUGUAGUAGACUAGACUAGCUCUCUGUGAUGCUGCAGGAGUUACCUAGUUAGUGGCAGAGUUGGGUUACCUGGCAAAUGAUUCACCGUUGAAGGUCUCUGAUUUGGAUGUAAUCUGAGCCUCAGCUUGUUGCUGCCUUUCUGUCUGUUAUCAACAGUAAGCAGGUGAAGUCACAGUAUAGAAUGUUAGGAAUGGUAAAAUGUCUCUAGUUAGAGGCAAAACUAGCUUGACACAUUUCACAUGAGACGAUAACUUAGCAUACCAAUAUGUCUUUUAUAGUGCUGUAAGAUGUGCCUAGAUGUUUUGUCUGAAGUAAUUGUGUCUUCAGUGUUAGGUUAACUCUCCUCUCCUCUUAUCUAUUGCAGAUGAGCAGGUGUCAGCUGUGUAGACUAGACGCCUGAACGGACACUGCAGGUCGUUGGAGGGAGGGUGAGAGGAUGAGGGAGGGAAAGGUGCUUUUAACCUGCCAUCCUGCCGCCUCUGGGCACACUCCUCUCACCCCUCGCUCCUCUCCAGGUCCUCAGUCUCAGCUGACGGCUGCUCGAGGCCAAACCAACGGCACCCCCACAGAACUUGUACAAUCGUCUCCACAGUUUACUCCAUUUUGAAAAGGUUUUAGCAACUCUCCUGUGUUUAGACUCCCACUGCCCUGGAACAGAGCUGUAAACCGACUGAGAUGUGAUGUCACGGGGUAUGGCUGAGGCGUUUGGGACACAGUGCUUAUGAAGAAGGGAUGGACGAUGCCUGCUGAUCACUCAAUGUCUUUUUAACAGUACCUCUAUUUGCUUUGGUGCUCUCUUGUCCCAGGUUUUUUUAAAUGGUUUUUCCUCGAUGCAUGAAAGUGAUUGUUUUUUAGCCGUUUGCUUGAUUGCGCUCAGCUUUAAAUGGCAUGCAGACAUGAGCGUAGCUCUGAGAAUAUCCAGGAAAGGAGAAAGCAUUUAUUUUUCUUCUCUGUAGUUUAGAAAGCAGAGAUCUGGCAGUCGGCAGAAAUGCCCUCGAGUCAAGAGUCACUCCACAUAUCUUUUAAUUUGCAGGGGAUGGAGGAGUGGGUGUGGGCAGCUCUUAUUGCACCUUGUGGAGUUUCAACAGCAUCUCAGGUCAUUGUGUAUGCUGCACCACACCCUCAUCUAUUCAGACGCUCUCUCUUUCUGCGCUUGUUAACCUACGGUAAUAUGAGGUACUUUACUGGCAUGCUUCCAUCUGUAUGUUUAAUGAAUGUUAUUCUAAGUUGUUGACAAACAAAAAGGCUCACUGUUGUAGAAUAGUACAAUGUUUUAUUUUAUUGCAGUACUGUAAAACAAAAUAUUAUCACUGUACAAACGUUAUUUGGUAAGCUUUAAAUGCGAGGCGUGCAGCCAACAGCCCAAAGUUGUUUACACAGAUGCUUACAAAAUUGUUUAGUGUGUUUGUUUGUUACACUAGUAGUUGUCUAUUGAAUUAAAAGCUCAAAUGUAAAUGUAUUAUGAUUUCAGGUUAAUUUGAUAUGUAAAGUAUUUUUUAUGCGGUAAGAAUAUGUGGAUGCAGCAUAAACAACACAGUGUUUUAUUUUAAUGUACCUCUUCUAACUUGGCUAUUAAGUGUCUGCUAAUCUGGUUUAGUUGUCAUGGCAACAAUUGAAAAAACUGCUUGUCAAUGGAAAAUGCAUUGCAAUGCAUUAAUUGUUUCUUCUUAUUGCAAUCAAAAGCUCAUUAUUUGUUGAGGUUUUAACCCUCUAGGGUUCAGGGUGAAACUGCUGAAUGUUAUUGUCAUUAGGGAUAUAACUGGACUUACUAGUUGGGAGUCUUUCCUUCAGCUGUCUUUUCUGUGUGUGACGCUUGUUGUUUUCUGUUUUGCCAUACUACGACUUGAAAAUAUGAAUGGUUAUAUAUAAACAGUGCAUGUAUACAUUUAUACAUAUAUUUUUGGUUUGUCAUAAAUUAAUGUUACAUAUAUUGUAUAGAUGAAAAGAGUCCUCUAUAAAUGCUAUUUUAAUAUUUUGUUAUAAUAAAAUUGAAGAUUAUGAUUGCCCCUUUUCUGUCAUUGGGCAGGAAUCUUUUGAGGAACUUUCUUUUUUUGCUCUCUGCUCUCUGGAUCGAUUUUGGUUUGACUCCUCUUGAUGUGUUGUUGUGUAGGUGUUUAUUAUACAGUUGAAGUCGGAAGUUUACACACACCUUAGCCAAAUACAUUUAAGUUUUUCACAAUUCCUGACAAUUAAUCCUAGUAAAAAUUCCCUGUCUUAGGUCAGUUAGGAUCACCACUUUAUUUUAAGAAUGUGAAAUGUCAGAAUAAUAGUAGAGAGAAUGAUUUAUUUCAGCUUUUAUUUCUUUCAUCACAUUCCCAGUGGGUCAGAAGUUUACAUACACUCAAUUAGUAUUUGGUAGCAUUGCCUUUAAAUUGUUUAACUUGGGUCAAACGUUUUGGGUAGCCUUCCACAAGCUUCCCACAAUAAGUUGGGUGAAUUUUGGCCCAUUCCUCCUGACAGAGCGCUGGUGUAACUGAGUCAGGUUUGUAGGCCUCCUUGCUCGCACACGCUUUUUCAGUUCUGCCCACACAUUUUCUAUAGGAUUGAGGUCAGGGCUUUGUGAUGGCCACUCCAAUUCCUUUGACUCUGUUGUCCUUAAGCCAUUUUGCCAUAACUUUGGAAGUAUGCUUGGGGUCAUUGUCCAUUUGGAAGACCCAUUUGCGACCAAGCUUUAACUUCCUGACUGUUGUCUUGAGAUGUUGCUUCAAUAUAUCCACAUAAUUUUCUUCCCUCAUGAUACCAUCUAUUUUGUGAAGUGCACCAGUCCCUCCUGCAGCAAUGCACCCCCACAACAUGAUGCCACCGCUGUGCUUCACGGUUGGGAUGGUAUUCUUCGGCUUGUAAGCCGCCCCCUUUUUCCUCCAAACAUAACGAUGGUCAUUAUGGCCACACAUUUCUAUUUUUGUUUCAUCAGACCAGAGGACAUUUCUCCAAAAAGUAUGAUCUUUGUCCCCAUGGGCAGUUGCAAACCGUAGUCUGGCUUUUUUAUGGCGGUUUUGGAGCUGUGGCUCCUUCCUUGCUGAGCGAUCUUUCAGGUUAUGUCGAUAUAGGACUCGUUUUACCGUGGAUAUAGAUAUUUUUGUACUUGUUUCCUCCAGCAUUUUCACAAGGUCCUUUUCUGUUGUUCUGGGAUUGAUUUUCAGUCCUUUUUAGUGCUUGAAAUACAUCCACAGGUACACCUCCAGUUGACUCAAAUUAUGUCAAUUAGCCUAUCAGAAGCUUCUAAAGCCCAUGACCAUAAUUUUCUGGACUUUUCCAAGCUGUUUAAAGGCACAGUCAACUUAGUGUAUAUAAACUUCUGACCCACUGGAAUUGUGAUACAGUAAAUUAUAAGUGAAAUCAUCUGUCUGUAAACAAUUGUUGGAAAAAUGACGUGUGUCAUGCACAAAGUAGAUGUCCUAACCGACUUGCCAAAACUAUAGUUUGAUAACAAGAUAUUUGUGGAGUGGUUGACAAACGAGUUUUAAUGACUCCAACCUAAGUCUAUGUAAACUUCCGACUUCAACUGUAUGCCUUGACUCUGCCUCCCUUACCUCCUGACUGAGGGCUUCUGUGUUAUCACUGGCUGUGGCCUCCCGUGCUGAAAUAGUUUUGCUGAACAUGUCCUCAUCCAAAGCCACCGCAUUAUGGAGUAGGCAACAAUCUGUUUCUCAGACAUUAGAAAUGUAAUGUACAGAGCUGACAUUAUUCCCUUGUCUACGUGAUAAGGAAGCAUGUGUGUUCUACAUAAUCUAUUUCUAUCUGGAGGUUCUGUAAUGUGUCCCACUGAGCACAAUCAGGAACAGAGCUUUUAUCAGUUUCUACUGCUUUCAGGCAACUGUGGUGUCAUCCUCUCUCUCUCAGCACUGCGAACCCUGCCGUUAUCUGCAGGGCUGGAUGGUUCUAUCAUAGAAUGAUUCUGUAGUUUCUAUUACACUCUUCAGAAUCCUAUAACAUACAGGACCUAGUAUUACUGUCCAUCACCUUUGAGGAGAAAGCAGAAAUGUAUAUACUGAACAAAAAUAUUAACACAACAUGCAACAAUUUCAAGGAUUUUACUGAGUUACAGUUCAUAUAAGGAAAUCAGUCAAUUAGGCCCUAACCUAUGGAUUUCACAUGACUAGGCAGGGGCACAGCCAUUGGUGGGCCUGGGAGGGCAUAUGUUCACCCACUUGGGAGCCAGACCCACCCACUUGAAAGCCAGGCUCAACCAAUCAGAAUGAGUUUUUCCCCACAAAAGGCCUUUAUUACAGACAGAAAUACUCCUCAGUUUCAUCAACUGUCCGGGUGGCUGGUCUCAGACGAUCCCGCAGGUGAAGAACCCGGAUGUAGAUCUCCUAGGCUGGCGUGGUUUCACGUGGUCUGCGCUUGUGAGGCCUUGUUGGAUGUACUACAGAAUUUUCUAAAACGAUGUUGGAGGCGGCUUAUGGUAGAGAAAGGAACAUUCAAUUCUCUUGCAACAGCUCUGGUGGACAAUCCUGCACUCAGCAUGACAAUUGCAUGCUCCCUCAAAACUUGAGACAUCUGUGGCAUUGUGUUGUGUGACAAAACUGCACAUUUUAGAGUGGCCUUUUAUUGUCCCCAGCACAAGGUGCUCCUGUGUGAUGAUCAUGCUGUUUAAUCAGCUUCUUGAUAUGGAACACCUGUCAGGUGGAUGGAUUAUCUUGGCAAAGGAGAAAUGUUCACUUACAGGGAUGUAAACAAAUUUGUGCACAACAUUUGAGAGAAAUAAGCUUUUUGUGUUUAUGGAACAUUUCUGGGAUCGUUUAUUUCAGCUCAUGAAACAUGGGACCAACACUUUACAUGUUGAAUUUAUUUUUGUUCAGUGUAUAUAUAUAUAUAUAUGAGAGCGAGAGAGAAAUAUUCCCUUCUGUCUUUUGAUUGUGUUGUCUAAUUUAAGAUCAUAGCUGUAGAACUGUGUAAAUGUCAAGGCAUUUGUUUAACGUAGACUACAGCAGUCAUCCUUUUUGUCGACUGAUGAUGAUCCGACUUGUGUUGUCCGCUGACCGUGUGCUUGCCUACAGUAUGCAUGGCCGGCUCACCGUGGUCCAUUCAGUUCAGCUGAUCAUAUUGAUCAAGUAACAGUUUAUUGAUUGAUGCCAAACCUUACCGGUUUAUCCACUAGUAGACCGAGAAAUAGCCUGCCUUGCACAUUGGGAUGAACAAAAACAACCCCUGAUGUUCAAUAGAACAGGUGUGCUCUCAACAACUCCUCAAUCAGGAAAUGCAGCUUCCCUGUGUGUCGAUUAGAUUGGCUGAUUACUGUAACCAGUAAUGCAGGGACUUUAUAUUGAAAUUGUAUAUUUUCCCUGCAUUCAGUUUAAGCCACUCUAUAGAUUCAGCCCAUACUAUACACAUAAGUUAGGGGGCUAAAGCCAAUCCCACUUCAGACAGAUCUGUAGUGGAACAAACACACACACACACACAAGCUAUAUUGACAUAUUAGUAAGAAUUCAUCCAAAGGCACCUGACAACACUGUGGCUUUCUUCAUAGGCAUUAUUGAGUCCUGUGCUUCACAACUCUUUCUGGUCUCUGUCAUAUUACCCGGACUGCAAUAAGUAAGCUGAAAUCAUAUGUAACUCAAAAAAUAUAGGCAUUUAGCAGAACUGCACAAUUGUAAGCUUGACUGUAGCAAUUUGCUGCCCAAUGUCGGUUACAAGGUAUUAUUUGGUCUGUGGCUUACUUUUGUUUUGGUUUGGUCUUACACUUUUCAUAGCUCUUGUACCUUAUGUCUUUUAGAAAGACAAUUAUUUGCUUGUAUGCUUUUAUAUAUUUUUACCAGUGAUUGUAAGUACUUGUUAUAUUUCUGUUUAAGAGAAUGUGUUUUAAAAAACAAAAGUACAUUUCAUUUCUCCAAGUUUACUGAUAUGAAUUUUGACAAUAAUAAACUGUCAAACGUUG